AUGAGAAAGAUUCACUCAAGGGUUCCACAUGUGGAUGAAGGGUUAAACCAGCUCCUCUCUUCCACCUACAACAGAUUUUUCAACAAAUGUUCCACCAUGAACUCUUUCUUCAGUCUCUCAGUGUUCCUCUCCCUGAUACUUCUACUGGCUGAUCCAGGUAAGAUAUGCAUGUGUCAGGGUCUGGCAGGAUGAAAAAGAUUGCUGGGAACCUGCCUCUCAAUAGCCCCCCAGGGAGGGUUCCAAAUAUGACAUCUUAGAGCCCAGAGCCUGGUGGUGGGACACUGAGGAUGAGUCAGCAGAGGGGACAAGCAGGAGACUUGAGCAGUCAAGGGGGGUCAGGAGAAGGAGGGUCUUCCAGGACAGGAUUAGAAGCUGAGAGUCACAGCAUGCACACAGACUCUCUCAGUCCUGCUGACUCUCUGACUCUCCUCCUACUCUGACCCACUGCUUGAAGCAAUGAGCCAGAUGAGUGCAGAGAAAGAGCUCACCCCCCUCAAUGCAACCUUCACCUGCUUGGUAGGAUCCAGAGUGAGAAGCUAGAGGGGAAAGGCAUACAUAGAGCUUAGUUUCAGCAAUGCCUUCAUUGAGUUACGACGAACCAGGGACACUGCUGUAUUGUUGUUUUCCGCUAAUAAAACACUAAUUGCAUCCCGUGCUUUCUCUGUGUGCGCCUGCCCUGUGGAUGACAUGGCUCAUUGAGAGCUCCUUGACAGCAUGGAAUGAUGGACUUAUGGGGGUAGAUGAUUCAGAGACAUGUAAAUAAUAAAUAAAUAAAUAAAUAAAUAAAUAAAUAAAUAGGACUGGUACAGCAGGAAGAUGACCAAAUUCUUUAGUAGACGUCUGAAGGCAGCCCUGUUUUGGGAAGCUUUUAAUGUUUAACAGACCACUGUAUUUUAAUACUUUGUUGGAAGCUGCCCAGAGUGGCUGGGGAAACCCAGCCAGAUGGGUGGGGUAUGAAUAAAUUAUUAUUAUUAUUAUUAUUAUUAUUAUUAUUACCCAACCCUUUGGAACCCUGAACAUACAAAUUCACCCAAAGUCUUUCUUCAUUUCUGCAAGGUACACACACACACACACAAACAGAGAGAGAGAGAGAGAGAGAGAGAGAGAGAGAGAGAGAAACCAAUAUCUGGAGCAUUCACUUCUGUUUUCUUGGUGGAAGAAGGUGCUGCUUAACACCAUUGCUGAUUGAGGACCAUCAGGGUCCUCAAAUAUAUGAAAUUCCCUCCUCCCCCUCCUCCCCAACAUUCAAGUGAAUGUGAGUAACAGGCCACUGUAGAUCUUCAUCACUUAAAACAGAGGAGGUCAGGGACUGACCAGCUGGGGCAAAACCCACCAGGACAUUGGAAACAUCACCUGAAUGCAUGUAUGGAUCCCCAUUCAUGGGCCAGGCUUCAUGUCUUCUGGCAAAUGUGUAGCAUGCCUACUCAGAAAUCAUUUGUCAUAUUUGUUGCUUUCUACAGGAUUCUCUACCAUUACGAAUGAAAAGCACUGCUAUCAAGCCAAAGGACAAUGCAAACCACGUGAAUGUGAUUGGCCCUCUAGUUAUUAUGGAGGAAUGUGUCAUAUGUAUACAAUAGUCUGUUGUCUACCCACAAAGUAG